AUGUUCGCGCAAACCAGAAAUAGUUACAUAUUACGCAACCAAAGCAAAGCCCACAUGCCCUACUCGGAAGCUUUCAUCCCGGCGAAGCGUUUACGAAACUGCGAUUACUCCGCCAGUCUGCCAAAUGAAAUUCUGCUCUACAUUUUCUCGUUUUUGUCGCACAAGGAAUUGUACAAAAUCGCUCGUUGUGUUUGUAAGAGAUGGUAUAUGUUAACAUCAUCACCUGUCCUGUGGAAAAAAAUUACCGCUCAAAAUGAAGUGCCGUCUAACAUUUUGUGUAAGUGGAUCGAAAACUCACCAUUACUUAAAGAGGUUAACCUUAGAGAAAGAAGUGACAUUAAUACUGUUACAGAGAAAUUGUCCAAAUACUGCAAAAACUUACAGUCGCUGAAAAUUGAGAACUGCAGGGGGACCAAAAAUUCCAGCCUAGUGAAAAGUCAAAAUCUCUGUCGUUUACUGACUAGGUGUAAAUACCUAAACAACCUCUAUUUUAGUGGAAUCAAGAUACAGUCGUGUAAGUUCUUCAAACUGCUUUCUAAAAGAAAACAUUUCGGCAUUACAAAGAAAUGUAGUUACUAUGGGCCUGUCAGUCAGAAGCAAAUGAGGGCACUGAUCGAAUCCAUUGUCAGUAGUAACACUUACGACGCAGCAACGUUGUUUACUUCUCACAGAAAAAUAUCCAUUAAUGAACUGUUCAAUAUUGGGAACAACAAUGCAGUCAACGUACCAGUUACUGUAGACCACAUUUGGGAGGAUAUUGUAAAUAACAACAUGGAGGAGGAUGACGACGAUUAUGAUGCCCAAAUGGACAUAUUUUAA